UGUCAAAUCCUCUCAAACAGGUUUUUUAACAAAGACAGAACAUUCCGCCCCAAGCGGAAGUUUGAGCCAGGAACGCAGCGAUUUGAGUUGCAUAAGAAAGCCCAAGCAUCUCUCAAUGCAGGUCUAGAUUUGAAGUUGGCUGUUCAGCUACCACAUGGAGAAGACUUAAAUGACUGGGUGGCAGUUCAUGUUGUGGAUUUUUUCAACCGUAUCAAUCUUAUUUAUGGUACAGUCAGUGACAGCUGUACUGAGCAGUCUUGUCCUAUUAUGUCUGGUGGUCCAAAAUAUGAAUAUAGAUGGCAAGAUGAAAACAAAUAUCGAAAACCUACAGCAUUAUCUGCUCCAGAGUACAUGAAUCUUUUGAUGGAUUGGAUCGAAGUUCAAAUAAACAAUGAAGGACUCUUCCCCACAAAUGUUGGUACUCCUUUUCCAAAGAAUUUCCUUCAGGUUGUGAAAAAAAUUCUGUCAAGACUUUUUAGGGUCUUUGUUCAUGUCUACAUUCAUCACUUUGAUAGAAUCAUCCAAAUGGGUGCAGAGGCGCAUGUGAAUACCUGCUACAAACACUUUUAUUAUUUUGUAAAAGAAUUUAAUCUGAUUGACACCAAGGAACUGGAACCAUUGGUAAGCACAACUUUUAAAUCCUUUUGGUUUUUUUGGGAUUUUUUCCCCCUUUCUUCCAUUAUAAAAUGA